AUGUGGGCUGACGAACGCCGCGCGAUGAAGCGGCUCCUCCCGUGCCUGCUGGCGGCACUCGCGGGGAGCUGGGAGGUCGACGACCAGGGCCGCCUGACAGCGUCGCUGCAGGUCGCAACGCUCGAUCCCGCCACGAGACGCCUCGACGUGCCCGAGGGCGCGCGCAUCUGGCUCGAAGUUGGCACGAACAGCCGGAAUUGGCUCGCCAACUGCGAGCUGCUCUGCGAGGGCUACGACGACGUAUACAUCGUGAGCUUCGAGCCGCUCUUGGAACACUACGGCCGCGUGGUCGCGGGCGCCGUCGCGGCGCCGAGCGGCGGCGCCGGCGGCCUCCGGCGCCUCGACGGCCGGCGCGGCGUCGCGCUGCCCUUCGCGCUCGACGCGGUCGACGGCGAGGCCGACUUCCACGUCGCCGCGCAGGACGGGUGCAGCGCGCUCGCGAAGCCGAUCCCCGGCGAGCGGGCGUGCGCGACCGUCGGCGGCGUGCGCCGCGUGCCGACGAUGACGCUGAAGUCGGUCUUCGACGUGCUGCUGCCCGUCGGUGCGCACGUCGAUUUUCUUUACGUCGACGCGCAGGGCCACGGUUUGAAGAUCCUCGAGGGCGCGGGCGACUCCCUGGCGCGCGUCGACGCGAUCGUCGUCGACGCGCUCCUGCGAGACGAGGCGCUCAUGUACGAGACGCAGAACGGCUGCGCCGCGACGGUCGAGUUCGCCGCGGCCGCGGGCUUCCACGUGCCCUUUGAGACGCGCGCGUUUUUGUGCGACCACGCUGCGGACCACGCGGGCCGCCUCGAGUCCGCACCGCGCGAGAUCAACGUCUUCUUCGCCCGCGACGCGACGCGCGCGCGGCCCAUCUGCCCCCACGUCCUGGAUUACUGCAUCGAGCGCGAGGACGUGCUCACCGUCGGCUUCCACGCGCAGCUGCCGACCUGCCGGGGCGACGAGCGCUGCGAGACCGACGUCUGCCGCGAGGGCGAGGGCCACUGCCUCAUCUACCUCGACGCCCGGAACUGCUGGUGCACCACGUGGCAGAUUCAGAAGCCAACAACAAUGAAUGCGUGCUUCGGCGAGCUCCCAACCGCGCGCGACGACUAUCCAGACGACUAUCCAAAGAAGAAGGCGGCGGAAGACGACGGUCCGAAGAAGGCGGCGGAAGAUGGCAGCAUCACGCGCGAGGAGGUGCUGCGCUUACUGGGCGCCCACCAGGAGGAGGUCGAGGCCCUGCAGGCCGAGGUCGCGCGCCUCGCCGCGCGGGAGCCCGGCGGCGGCGACGACGGGCGCCCCGACGCGGAGUGCCUCGAGGAGAUGCUCGACGCCGAGGGCGAGGGCUUCACGGGCCUCCCGGUCGACCGGCUCUACGAGAAGGCCGACGAGUCCUACUUCUUCCGCGUGCAGUGCAUGGUCAUGUACAACGGCUUCGACCUGUGGACGACGUUCCACUUCCUUUUCGUGGUCGUCGUCGUCGCCAUGCAGAUCGGCGCGCUCCAGACCGUGUGGCAGUCCGUGUGGCUGGUGACGGACUUUUCGCAGUGGGCCGGCGCCGACGACCCCGACGUCGUCGGCGAGUACUACCCGAGCGGCGUCCCCUGGCCGACGGACUACUGGGGGCUGCUCGAACACUACGACUCGCACAAGGUCUACGGCGUGCUCUUCAUCGUCGUGUUCCCGCUCGUGUUCACUUGUGUCUGCGUGACCAUCAGCCUGCGCGCGGAGAUGGAGGAGUGGAAGGCCGGCUACGUGCUCUUCCGCCGCGAGCUGCGCAACUUCUACGACAACCGCGCGGCCGUCGACGACAAGGCGGCGGACGACGACGCGCCGCCGCGACGGAGGCCCAGCGCGAGCGAGGUCAACGCGGCCGUGCCCCGGCCCCGGCUCUUCCGGCGCCUCGCGGCGUGCCUCUUCACGCACUACGUCCGCGCGUCCAUCGUCUGGUACUUCGUCGACGUGUCGGCCAUGGUCCUCGGCACGGCCGACGGGCCCUUCAACCUGCUCCUCAACGCCGUCGCGCUCGUCUACGUCCUCGACAUCGACGAUCUGCUGCGCGUCGACAUGCCGUCGAACAACUUGUUCGGCGUCGAGGACGCGCGCCGGCGGACGCGGUACCGCGCGCGGAAUCGCCAGGCGCGCGCCGUCUUCCGCGAGGUCGUCGAGGCCGUCCGCGCGGCGCCGAAGCGGCUCCUCGACGCCUACCACGGCGUCGGCUGGCUGUCGCCCGUGUGCAUCUGCCUCGCGCUUUUCCACAUGUCCGCGCGGUUCCAGCGCCACACGCAGCGGGGGCGGCUCGUCUCCGCGGACGACGACUCGGAGCGGGGGGCGACGCACGUGUCCCUCACCGCUUCGUACAACUACACGAUGUACGCGGUCCUCGUCGUCUUGCUCGUCGACGCCCAGACGGCCGCGUACGUCUCUCUGGCGGACGAAGCGCGGAGGUCGUGGAGGCCGAUGGCGGAGGCCGCGGCCUGGUUUUUGGUCGAUGGCCUCGUCCUCGCGCUCAUCCGCCAGAUCGCGCUGCGCUACGCCGUCCACUGCCUCCUGCCCUACACCAUGUCCGAGGAGACGUGGCCCAUGCGCUUCUGGAAGCGCCUCGACCCGACGCCGAAUCGGCCCGAGCGGAGCUACGACUACUACCACUACGACGGAGCGACGGACGACGCCUAUUCGUAA